AUGUCUGUCUCAGAAAUCCGCCCAGAAGAGUUGAUCGCCUUACGAACUUCAAACAUUACUCACAGUUGCUAUCUACUAGUAUUUCUAUCAGUAUGGCUUUCUGCUGAGGAUUUUUUUCAUAAUCUAUCUAUCUAUCUAUCUAUCUAUCUAUCUAUCUAUCUCAAUAGUAGUAAUACUCUUAUAAUGUUCUUUCUUUGUUUCUUUCUUCAUUCAUUCGUCCUUUCCUUCCUCCCUUCCUUCAAAAUUUCCUUCUUUUGUUCAUUCAUUUUAUAUUCUUUCCUUGAUUCUUUUAUUCUUUCCUUCCUUCACUCAUUCAUCGUUGUUUUCUGUUUUUCUUUCGUUCAUAAAUUAUUUCUCUUAAUUUCAUUAUUUCUUUCUCUCAUUUUUAAUUCAUUCUUUCAUCCAUAUUUUCUUCCUUUCGUGGUUCUUUCAUUCUUUCUUUCUUUUUCUUUCUUUUUUUCGUUGUUCUUUCUUUCUUCGCUGUUAUUUUUUUUCCUUUCGUUGUUCUUUUCUUUCUUUAUUUUUUUUUAUUUUUUUCGUUGUUCUUUCUUUCUUCGCUGUUAUUUCUUUUUCCUUUCAUUGUUCUUCCUUUCUUUAUUUUUCUUUCUUUUUUUCGUUGUUCUUUCUUUCCUCGCUCUUAUUUCUUUUUUUCCUAUCGGUGUUCUUUCUUUCUUUCUUUAUUUUUCUUUCUUUUUUUCGUUGUUCUUUCUUUCUUCGCUCUUAUUUCUUUUUUCCUUUCGUUGUUUUUCUUUUCUUUCUUUUUUUCUUUCUUUCUUUCGUUGUUCUUUCUUUCUUCGCUGUUAUUUCUUUUUUCCUUUCGGUGUUCAUUCUUUAUUUAUUUAUUUUUCUUUCUUUUUUCAUUGCUCUUUCUUUCCUCGCUGUUAUUUUUUUUUUUUUUUUUUUCCUUUCGGUGUUCUUUCUUUCUUUGUUUCAUUCUUUCUGUUUUGUAUGUUCUAUCUUUCGUUGUUCCUUCUUUCUUUCUUUCUUUCCUUUUGUUCUUUCUUUCUUUCUUUCUUUCUUUCUUUCUUUCUUAUGUAUAUAUUCACCAUCCCUGUCUUGUUUACUUUUUUCAUCGUUUUCUGGUCCUUGCUUUCUUUUUUUUACCUUAAUUCCCACCCACUUCAUUACCAAAUAUUCAACUCUCUUUCCUCUGCUUUUCUCUCUCUCUUCCUCUCUCAUCCCCAUCUGCUUUCCUUCUCCUUCUUAUCUUCACAUAUUUCCUCCAUCAAUAGCACUUUCCUAGUAUUCCUUCCAUCUACUUAG